AUGUCAUCAAAUCCUAGAAAGACAAAAAGUUCACCUAAUUAUAAUCCAGAUUGCAUUGUAGCUGCUAUUUAUGGAGAAGAUGAUAUAUUGGCUUUUACAAGAAUAGGAGAUAGUGUUUGGACCAAUAUUAUGGUCCCUUCCCGUCCUUACGAUGAUAUUGUUUACUAUAGUGGUAAAUUCUAUGCUGUUGAUUGUCAUGGAGUUGUAGUUGUUUGUGACCUUGAUGACGAUAAUGGCCCAAAAGCAAUAGUGGUGGCUCCUGCUCCAACUAAGACACAUGGUUCUAUUCAAAAGUAUCAUGUAGAAUCAGUAGGAGAUCUUUUGCCUGUUUCUCGUAUUCGAGGAGGCACUCUAUUUGAAGGUGAUGAUGACAACAACUUGAAGUCUAGAUACUAA